AUGGUCCGCCACAAGAAAGACAUGUCCAACAAGGGCAAGCGCUACCCAAACAGUCGUUCUGCUCGCCCUAUGCCGCCAGCUCGUGGCGAGGAAGGACUUGUCGACGAGGCUGCAUCCAAGCGGCCUCCUUACAAGGCCGCCGCCUGGGAUCUCGGACACUGCGACGCCAAACGAUGCAGCGGCAAACGUCUGAUGCGUCUAGGCCUCAUGCGUGAAUUGCACGUUGGCCAGAAGUUUGCUGGUAUUGUUGUUUCGCCCAAUGCAAAGACUAUCAUUUCGCCCGCCGACGCCCAUCUCCUCGAGCAGUACGGUGCUGCUGUUGUCGAAGCUAGCUGGAAGCGUAUCGACGAGGUGCCCUUUGGCAAGAUUGGAGGUCCUCACCAACGACUUCUGCCCUAUCUGAUCGCCGCGAACCCCACCAACUACGGCAAACCUUGGAGAAUGAACUGUGUCGAGGCUCUUGCUGCCUGUUUCUGGAUUUGCGGAAAGAGGGAGUGGGCCGAGCACAUCCUCAGCACCUUCAGCUACGGUCAGGCUUUCCUAGACAUCAAUGAAGCCGUGCUCAAGAGAUAUGCUGCCUGCGAGGACGAGGCUGGCAUCAAGAAGGCUGAGGAGGCUUGGCUGGAGAAGAUCGAGACUGAAUACACCCAGGACCGUGCCGAGAGAGAGGCCAACGAGGACGACGCAUGGAGAGGAGGAAACUUGAACCGCACCCGCAUGCUCGACGAGUCAGACGAGGAAGGAAGUGAUGAGGAGAGCGACGGUCAAGAGAAGGAAGACAAGGAUGACGAGGACGAGGAGGAAGAGGAGGAGGAAGAAGAAGAGGACCGUGAUCCUUACGGCUUACCGCCCUCGGACGAUGACGAGGAGGAAAUGGCAGAGCUUCGCCGUCGUGUGCUUGCCUCGAAGCCUUUCCAAAAUCCUGCCCCUGCUGGUCCAGAUGACAAGCCGCAACCAGGUCGUCUUGCACAGACCGAACCCAAGCCAGUACAUGAUUCUGAUGACGAGUCCGGCUCAGACGUGGGCGGUGCUGAAGACGACGACUUCGACAACAUUAUGAACGCAACUCCCGUCUUGGAUCGUUCUGGUAUUGGUGCAAAGCAAAAACAAAAGGCCCAGGAUCAAAUCAGUGCUCGCUUCUCAAGGACCGUCGUCGAUGCUCCCUCCAAGUGGCCUGCAUGA